AUGGAAAAAAGAGUACUACUUACCGGUGCGACCGGAUACGUUGGAGGCUCAGUCUUAGCGAACCUCCUCGCCUCUCCGCGAUUAGGGCAGCUAUCGAUAUCAGCUCUUGCUCGAGACCCGGAACGUCUCAAAGCUCUUGAAGAUAAAGUCUCUUUUGUACCAUUCCAAGGCCUAGACGACACCGAUGCAUUGGAAAGCAUCGCCAGUCAAUUCGACGUUGUUAUCCAUUGCGCCAAUGGUCACCAUGUGCAAUCUCCACGAGCGUUCAUCCGUGGACUGGCCCAAAGAAAAAGGUCCCUAGGUGGCGAACCAUUUUAUAUUCACACAUCAGGAACAUCAAGUCUGGGCGACUAUGGAAUCACGAAACGAUACGUCGAAACUCGAACAUUCUCCGAUGAACAGGACGAUAUCUUCGCGUAUGAGGAGCUUCGAGAAAACAUAGAAACCUAUCCGCAAAGAACUGCAGAUAUCUCUGUCGUUCAGGCUGGGGAAGAAAGUGGUAUCAGAACAUAUAUCAUGAUGCCGCCUUGCAUCAUUGGUCGUGGUACAGGACCGUAUCGCCAGCAGUCUCACCAAGUUCCAAUGCUAGUUCGUAACGCAAUACGGCAAGGUCAAAGCGAGUUUGUGGGUGAUGGGUCCUACACUGUAGGCCAUGUCGAUGUCCAGGACUUAGCUGAUCUCUUUGAACUUCUUCUAUGGCGACUCUUGGCCGGAGAGAGCCUACCAUACGGAAGACGAGGCAUCUACUUCUCCAACACGGGUCGUCAUACCUGGCUGGAGGUAGCUCAAGCAAUUGGUGUGGUUGGUCACCGGUUGGGGUUUUUGAAAAACGCUCAGCCGAAAUCGAUUGAGUUGUCUGAAAUCGCCCGACGCGAAUUCAAUGAUGAUCAUCACACAACAGAGCUAGUCCUAGCUGCCAAGUAA